AUGACAGGUAUUGCAAGCAAUCUCCAAGUCGUUGAAAAUGACGCACAAUCUCCUCUCCACGACCUUCCGAUCGAGCUUCUGGAAUGGAUCCUGCCAUAUCUGGAGUCAGAGGACUUGUUCAACUUGAGACUGGCAUCUACGGAGCUCGCAGCAAAGACUGUAAAAUACAUGGCAAAAACUUACUUCACGUGGCUACAUAUUUUCAUGUUGGAUUCCAGUGGCAUAUCGAGAUUGAUCUGGAUCGCCAAACACCCGGUGUACAAGUCAGCGGUCAAAAAGAUCGAAUUCAACGUUGCGGUCCUGCAAGAUCCCGAGGAAUAUGAACAUGACACAUGGACGGAUCCGUUGUAUCUUACGCCAGAGAAGAUUCUCAAGUAUCGCAAGCUAUAUGCCGACCACAUGGACUUGCGCGCCCAGGCCCGGCAUCGCUUGAAGCUGGUCCUGAACUUGUUCCACCUUGCUGGCAAUGUGCCAGCAAUCAGUGCAACAACGUAUGGACCGCUUGCGCUGUUCAUGGACUGCGGUCAUCCAAGUGCCUGGGGAGUCCAUUAUCUAUUCAGGGAGCAUGGGGAUAGGGUUGUCGUAAGAGGCAAUGGGAUUGUGGAGCAGAGCGUGUAUGCCGCUCUGUGCUGGGCAAUUUUUGAGUCCGCAGCGCAGAUCGGCAUCCUUAACCUUGGGGGCCUAGGCCAUAGCAUUGACCCAUGGCUUUUUGGUUACGCAAUGCUCGUUUUACCUCAUAGUGCUCCAUUCACCCAUCUGCGAUCCCUGACAUUAUCCCUGCCUCGACAAAGGUGGUUGAACGGGCUCAAGGGCGCGGACAUGAGGGAGAACUAUCAGACCAUCGAACUCAACCGCAUUGCUCUUCUGACACUCGUAUCACAAGCCGAAAAGUUGGAAUACUUGGCCCUCACCUGCGACUUGGGUCACGAUCUCGAGGGAAAUCGGGAAUGCAAUGCGAUCUUCUUUCGAACGCUCGCCGAAGACCAACUUCCUAAAUACGCCAAACCACUCCAGCACAUCAUCGACAUGGAGCUUGAGUGCCACGAGAUCCCAAAGGCAAUGCUCUUGAAAUUCCAUUCGGAAUCACAAAACAACGUUGAGAUCGCUGAAUCUUGAAGAGAUUGAUGAUGGAGAUAGAGACGACCCAGACAUCAAGCAAGACAUAUUCGCCGCCGCCCAGGACAUUGUCGGUUUCAAGCUCAGGAUGAGCGACGUAUAUGAGGGCGGGCAAUUUGUCGCGAACCACGAAGACUCGCCUGAAUGGGAAACGAUCGAAUCGUGGAAUUGUUCUUCGAUCACGUAAAAUCUCCUG